AUGCUGAUGCACCCCUGCGGCUGGGCAGUGGCUGCUCCUCUUCCCUCCUCGCCCCACAUCCCCCCCCUCCUCAUCACAACACACCAUCAUUCCACGGAAUUCACCGCCACAAGCCCACCGGCUGAAACAGCUUCCAAGGGGUGGGUGGAAAAAUCCCGAGGAGAACUCAGGGGGGCAGUCUACCUCUCCCUGGGGGCCAGCUGCAGAGGAGGGCUGUCGCCCUCGGGCUCCCCUGGUCGGCUGGCCAAUGGGGGAGGGCGGAGCAGGAGGCCGGGCUCUCUGCUGGACCCACUCUGCCUGCCGCCCCUCCUCGCCAGCGCUUCACCGAGGCGCCCCUACCUGGGAACCUCCGCGCCAGGGAAGACCCACGUGGUGGAGAGGAGAGGACUCACUGGCGUCCGCUGCCGCCGCCAUAGAGAGGAGGCCGCGGCCAGAGCGGCGCCCUGGAGCUGUAGCAGCGCCGCCUGCUGGGCAGGGCAGGAGAGGCGGAGAGUUCUUCGGAGCGCCGCCCAACCUUUGGAGCGCCUCUUUGCAGCUGCAAAGUCGCGAGGCUUGCGGGACGGGGCAGCAGCAGCAGCAGGAGCAGGACCCCCGGGAUGGAGAGUCCUCACGCCCAGCCCAGCGCAGCCCUGCGGGAGGAGAGCCCUCCUCCAGCCGGGCCAGCCUCCUCUCCUGGGCAAAGAAGGCUUCUCCGGUGGCGGCGGCGGCAGCAGCAGGGCCCAGAUGGAUAUCCUGGCUGAGGAGGAGUUAGACAAUGCUGAAGGAAAGCCCCUCACCUCAGCAGAUGUUGCUUCAAGCCGGACUCGUCGUGACCUGGGGAAACCACAGCUGCUGCCCCGUGCGGCAGUCCAGCUCUGGCCUCUUGGACUUGUCCUGUGCAGCGCUCCUGCCGUGAGGCAUGGCUUCCAGAGAGUGCUCGUGCAUCUGAGCUGCCUGCGGGUCCUACAGCACAAGGCUUGCAGCAAGGCAGAGACCCAGCUGUCCAGGCAUGGGGUUGCCUCCGUCAGAGCACUGCCGCAGCCCUCGUUGAGCGACUGCAUCCUGCCCACCACCAUCUCUUGGCCCUGAUCAUGUGGACCAGUGUCGCCCGCUGCCAGCACAGCACUCUGCUUUCUAAAAUCCGAAGCCUAUCAGCAGAUGGAAACAAUUCUAGUUGGAUCCAGUGGGAUCCCGCCCCUCUCCACCCCAAGCAUUCAUUUAAGAACAUCUAUACAGACCAUAUAUAAGUGUUUGGAUAAAGGUGAUCCCAAGGAUAUAGUAUACCUGGACUUUCAAAAACCUUUCAACCAAGUUCCUCCUCCAAAACUCUUGAGCAAACCUAGCAGUCAUGGGAGAAGGGGACAGGAUCACGCACCCAUCCAGUCCAGCCUCCUGUUUCUUACAGAUGCCUCAGGUUCUCCUUACCAUAACUGGCCUUGAGUGAAUUUAAUCAGCCAAGACUUUGAACUUGGAUUCAACACAGGCUGCUCGAGAACAUGAGACCACUCUGUAGUCACACAUGCUCUCUGGCACCGUGGCCCACCAUGGGCCGGGUUCUAGAGUGCUCAAGAACAUGGGGAGUCUCUUCUAGAGCUGGAUCCCCUGGACACGGGGACCUUUUCUAGAGAACUAGCGCAGCCCUGCCUGAUCAGGUCCAAGGCCUCUGUCGUCCCACAUGCUCUCUCACACCGUGGCCUUCAAGGCGAAGACCACGGCGGGAUUCCAAAUGAAAUGAUGCAUCCCUCAUCCCGUCACACCAGGAGGAUUCCUAUGCCAGGAAGAGAUGAGGACCAUCACUGCCCAUUCCUAACCACAUUGGUUAUAUAGCCAGGGAGUAUUUCCCAUGGUCUAUUCCCGUCAUCCUCACAAUCACUUUGAGGUAGGUCAGCAGCAGCAGACCCUCUGAGCAGGACGACAACCUGUUAGGGAAUUCUGCAUCUGGAACUCCCAGCAACUCUUUCAAGGAGAGAAAGGUGACCUGUGCUACUCCCCACCCCACAACAUGCUGAUUAUGGAGAACUAAGCAGGAAUAUUUGCAAUUCUCAGAACUCUAGCCAAGGGGGGCGGGUGGACCUUAAAAAUAUAAGGGAUAGGCAUACACCAAUGUGAGAAGUUAUUAGACAUUCUCAGCUAUGCAGCAAAAGCACCCAACACAACACUUCCCUAAUGU